UUGUCCAGUUCUUAGACAGGUCGUCUCAGUACCGUGGUGCCGUAAACUGGUAGGUGUUCUGUGGUGCCGUACCAGCAUGGCCUACCGAGUGCCGUCCUCUAUUCGCGUUGAGACCGACCUCACGCCCGAGGAGAAACGUUUGGUUGAAGAACGGGCAAAGCUCAAGGCACAGCUGAGGCAAGAGUACCUACGCCAACUCACGGAUCCGCACAAACAUGGUUCGGGAGGCACCUUGUUUGACCCCCAGAUGAUGCGUCAUCAAGCAGCUCGUUCUCACAGCAUGAUAUAUGAGCACUUUCGUCCAACCCCAAAGGGAGGCUUCCAGUUUUUCGCUGCAACCUUCUUGCCCAUGCUUGUUCUUGGAUAUUUUGUCUAUAAGGACAGGCGAGAGUUUGAGCGGAAGUGCAGAACCGGCGAAAUUGCAUACAAGGACAGAAUGUUCAAGAUGGUCUAGCGGCUUCCAAAACAUCUUCCUUGAAGAUCAAUGUAGUGUAAUAAAGCAUUUAUUCAGUUAUGAA